AAUGUGCAUCGUCAGGCAAGCAGACACAUUUGAUCCUUGUUAUGGAGUGAAAAGUAGUGACCCCCGACCUUUGGUGACCCUAACCUCUGGACUUCAGGUCAUGUGUGACAAAGAAACAGACGGCGGAGGAUGGACCAUUUUCCAAAGACGUGUUUCUGGGACUGUAGAUUUUUACAGGAACUGGACGGAAUACAAAUAUGGGUUUGGUGAUUUCAGUUCAGGUAAUUUUUACCUGGGCAACGAAAAUCUUUAUUUGUUUUCUUCCGUACGUCAAACACAACUGAGAGUGGAUUUGAUUUUCAACGGAACAAAAUAUUUCGCCAAGUAUUCCAGCUUUAAUAUCUCUAGCGAGGCAGACGGCUACAGGCUAUAUGUUAAUGGCUAUACAGGAAAUGCCACGGACAGUCUAGCAGACCACAAUGGUAUGAAGUUCACAACGUAUGACCGGGACAAUGACAUGUACAACCAAAACUGUGCUGUCGUCCAGCACGGGGCGUGGUGGUACAAAUCUUGUUACAGCUCUAACCUGAACGGUCUGUGGGCUGUCAGCGUUAUGGGUAUCAACUGGCUACCCAGGUACAACGCAUCGUUCAGUGAGAUGAAAUUUAGAUAUACUUUUUAA